UUGGCUGGACGGGACAUGGCCUGGUGGCCGAUUGGAGCAUCUCUGUUUGCCAGUUCAGAGGGCUCAGGUCUGUUUAUUGGUUUGGCUGGGACUGGAGCUGCUGGAGGUAUCGCUGUCACUGGCUUUGAAUGGAACGCCACCUAUGUGCUGCUGGCUCUGGCCUGGGUUUUUGUGCCUGUCUACAUCUCCUCAGGGAUUGUGACAAUGCCAGAGUACCUGGGCCGUCGUUUUGGAGGAGAGAGGAUCCGUACCUACCUAGCUGUCCUCUCGCUGCUGUUGUCCAUCUUCACAAAGAUAUCAACUGACCUCUACUCUGGAGCCUUGUUUGUUCAGGUGUGUCUGGGAUGGAACCUCUACCUGUCCACUGUCCUCAUGCUGGUGGUCACUGCCCUCUACACUAUUGCUGGCGGUCUUGCUGCUGUCAUCUACACUGACACUCUACAGACAGUUAUCAUGAUUGUAGGUGCAAUCAUCCUAACAGUCACUGCCUUUAACAAGAUUGGUGGCUACAGUAACCUGGAGCAAGUUUACAGAACGGCGGUGCCAAGCAAGAUCAUUCCUAACAGUACCUGCCACCUGCCACGUCAGGACGCCAUGCACCUGUUCAGAGACGCUGUCACUGGAGAUCUGCCCUGGCCCGGCAUGACCCUGGGACUCACCAUACUGGCCACCUGGUACUGGUGCACUGACCAGGUGAUUGUGCAGCGGUCCCUGUCUGCUAAGAACAUGAGCCAUGUGAAAGGAGCAUCUCUACUGGCUGCCUAUCUGAAGAUGCUGCCCUUCAUCUUCAUCAUCCUCCCUGGCAUGAUCAGCCGGGCUCUCUAUCCAGACACUGUAGGAUGCGUUGACCCCGAGGAGUGCAAGCGAGUGUGUGGAGCCGAGGUGGGAUGCUCCAACAUCGCCUUUCCCAAACUUGUCAUUGAGCUCAUGCCAAGUGGUCUGCGGGGGCUCAUGAUAGCGGUGAUGAUGGCCGCUCUGAUGUCAUCACUGACCUCCAUCUUCAACAGCAGCUCCACCCUGUUCACCAUGGACAUCUGGAAGAAGCACCGCCCCCGAGCCUCAGAGAAAGAGCUUCUACUGGUCGGCAGGAUUGUGACAGUGAUCUUGGUGGUGGUGAGUGUGGUGUGGAUCCCCAUCCUACAGUCAGCCAACAGCGGCCAGCUGUAUGUUUACAUCCAGUCAGUGACGAGCUACCUCGCUCCGCCCGUCACAGCUGUCUUCACUCUGGCUGUUUUCUGGAAGAGGACCAACGAGCAGGGUGCAUUCUGGGGCCUGAUGGUGGGUUUGGUUGUAGGUGUGUGUAGGAUGGUGCUGGAGUUUGCAUUCCCGCCUCCCAGAUGUGGCAUUGUAGACUCGGCACCUGCAGUGCUGCGCAGCGUCCACUACCUCCACUUCGCUAUCCUGCUCUGUGGGCUCACUGCUAUCGUGGUUACCAUAGUGUCACUGCUCACCCCGCCACCCACCCACGAACAGGUGUGUAACCUGACCUGGUGGACUCUGACUGAAGAGUCUCAAAGAGAAAUUCCUCUACAGAAGAUUUCAUCUGUCAGCCAACGUGCUUCCCAAGGCUCUGAGCUGGUGCAGCGGGGGGGUGUCUGUGGUCGGGCGGCAGGAUUGUGUAUCGCAGCAGUACGGCGAUCAGAGGAGACUCCAGCUCCCAGGGUUCCUAGCGUCAGAGAGAGCUUGUUCUGGUCUAGGUUCUGCUGUGCUAACGCAAUCCUGCUGGUCAGCAUUAACAUUUUUCUCUACGCAUACUUUGCUUGA